CUCAGCAAUCGAGCUCCACCACACGGCGCCCGUCACCAUGGACCGAUUACUGCGCUUACUACCCUGCCUACUGCUGCUGCUGCUCCUCACAGCCCCCCUCGCCGCGGCGCUAAAAUUCGACCUCCACGCCGUCCAAGCCCACGACGCCGCAAAGUACGAGCGCUGCAUUCGCAAUUUCGUCGCUAAGGACCAGCUCGUCGUCGUCACGGCUAUACUCGAUGGGUACAGGGGCGAUGGCCAGACGGUGAAUAUGCAUAUCCGCGACGCAAUGGGCAACGACUACCACCGGCCCAAGGACGUCUACGGCGAGAACCGCUACGCGUUCACCUCGCACGCAGACUCCGCGUUCGAUGUGUGCUUUGAGAAUACGUUGACGGGUAAGCCCUCCGGCAACCUCAACCCCACACGCCACGUCGAGCUCGACAUCGACAUCGGCGCCGACGCCAAGGACUGGAGCGCGAUCCAGGCGGGCGAGAAGCUCAAGCCGGUCGAGGCGGAGCUGCGCCGCAUCGAGGAGCUGGUCGGCGAGGUGGUGGCCGAGAUGGACUACCUGCGCGGCCGCGAGCAGAAGCUGCGCGAUACGAAUGAGAGCACGAAUGAGCGCGUUAAGUGGUUUGCGUUUGGCACGAUGGGCAUGCUGGUCGGGCUGGGCGCGUGGCAGGUUGUGUAUUUGAGGGCGUAUUUUAGGAGUAAGCAUCUGAUUUGAUUUGAGCUGGGGAAAGGGGAGGGAGAUGGGGUGUGAGGAUUAAGGGGUGGGAGAGUGUGUAUGAACAGAAAAGAGAGGAGAGGAUGAUGGCAUCGUAUCGAUUAGCGGGUAAGAAGGGGAACAGGAUGCUAGCUAGCGUUAUCCAUCCAUGGCAUACUUCUUGAUGCGGCGGAGCGCCGGACGGCGUUGGUAGGAUCAUCUAUAUCACAUCAUGGCAUAUUAAAUCGAGUUCUGGAUUGCAGCGCAAAAACCCCACCGGCCAUCCG